AUGAAGUCGACGGUGGGCUUGCGUCGUGGUGGGUCUGGCGGCCGUGGAGGUGGCGGCUGGGGCGGAGGGCGCGGGGGCGGAGGCGGAGCGGGCAAGGGAGCAGGAGGCGACGGCGGCGGCCCGGGAGGCAAGGGCGGCUUCGGGGCGCGGACGCGCGGCUUUGGUGGUGGCCGGGGCCGGGGGCGCGGUGGCGGCGGAGGAGACGGCCGGGGGGACCGAGGAGGCGGCGGGCAGCUGCGCGGCGUGACCAAGAGCAAGAACCGCCGCAGGAAGAGCGUCUUGACGGUGUCGGUGGAGCCGCACCGGCACGAGGGCGUCUUCAUCUACCGCGGGGCGGAGGACGCGCUGGUCACGCUGAACAUGGUACCGGGCCAGUCGGUGUACGGCGAGCGGCGGGUCACGGUGACCGAGGGUGGCGAGAAGCUGGAAUACCGCACGUGGAACCCCUUCCGCUCCAAGCUGGCCGCGGCCAUCCUGGGCGGGGUCGACCAGAUUCACAUCAAGCCCAAGUCCAAAGUGCUGUACCUGGGUGCCGCCUCGGGGACCACUGUGUCCCACGUCUCCGACAUCAUCGGCCCUGACGGCCUGGUCUACGCGGUCGAGUUCUCCCACCGCGCCGGCCGCGAUCUUGUCAACGUGGCCAAGAAGCGAACCAACAUCAUCCCGGUCCUCGAAGAUGCGCGGCACCCGCUCAAGUACCGCAUGCUUAUCGGCAUGGUGGACGUGAUCUUCGCCGACGUGGCGCAGCCGGACCAGUCCCGCAUCGUGGCUCUGAACGCCCACACCUUCCUGCGCAACGGGGGCCACUUCCUCAUCUCCAUCAAGGCCAAUUGCAUUGACUCCACCGCGUCAGCCGAGGCGGUGUUCGCCUCUGAGGUGAGGAAGUUGCAGCAGGAGAAUUUAAAGCCUCAAGAGCAGCUGACUCUGGAGCCCUACGAAAGGGACCACGCUGUGGUGGUCGGGGUCUAUCGGCCCCUUCCUAAGAGCGGCGGCAAGUAG